ACCAAUUUGUAAUUUUAGAAAAAUUCAAAAUAUAAUCACUUAAACUUAUCUUGAAACUGUUUAAAAACUACUUAACAAAAUUGCUUCCACAAUGACUGUGACGCGGGUUGCGGAGUCCCGCACAGAAUUUAAAUUGAAGAACUUGCCAGAAGAUGCGAUCUCUAGCGUCAAGUUUGCACCUAAAUCCAGCCAAUUCUUACUUGUAUCGUCAUGGGACUGUUCAGUUAGGUUAUACGAUGUUACUUCGAACGUUGAAAGACAUAAAUAUAAUCACGAAUUGCCGGUUCUCGAUGUUUGUUUUAGGGAUGCUGUACACUCAUAUAGCGGUGGGCUAGACCAGACCCUCAAGAUGUAUGAUCUCAAUGCAAGCACAGAGACAGUGCUCGGAGAACACAAAGGGGCAAUACGCUGUGUGGAGUUUGCAAGUGAGGUGAAUGCAGUACUCACAGGCAGCUGGGACGGCACUGUCAAGAUGUGGGACAGCCGUGUACCUAAUUGUGUGGGCACAUACAACCAAGGAAAUGAAAGGGUGUACACAAUGAGUAUAGUUGGUGAGAAGUUUGUAGUAGGUACGUCAGGUCGCAAAAUCUUUGUGUGGGAUGUACGUAAUAUGGGGCACGUGAACCAAAGACGGGAGUCAUCUCUCAAGUACCAGACCCGUUGUAUACGUGUCUUCCCCAAUAAGCAGGGAUAUGUUCUAAGCUCUAUUGAGGGUAGAGUGGCUGUUGAAUAUCUGGACAGCAAUCCUGAGGUACAGAAAAAGAAAUAUGCUUUCAAAUGUCACAGGAUCAAAGAUGGUGGUUUGGAGAAAAUUUAUCCCGUGAAUGCAAUAAGCUUCCAUUCAGUGUACAAUACAUUUGCGACAGGUGGUUCUGAUGGUUAUGUAAACAUAUGGGAUGGUUUUAACAAGAAAAGGCUCUGCCAAUUCCAUAGAUACAAUACAGCAGUAUCGGCACUAAGUUUCUCUCACGAUGGUUCAGCGUUGGCCAUCGCAUGCUCACAACUGGACGAAUCUCAAGUUGAGGACCCCAAGCCAGAGGACACCAUCUACAUCCGCUAUGUCACCGACCAGGAGACCAAGCCCAAAUGAGGCAUGGACAAACUCCGAUAGAACUGCACAGUGGCUUUAUAGAUCUUUAGAGUGAAAUUAAGGUUAAACAAAAUUCAGUUUGAUUA